AAUGUAGGAAUGUUAAGGAAAUGAUUCAUUGGCUUAUAUUAAUGAAGAGAGAAUAUAAAAUUGUCUCUCAAUUGAAGUAUGAUAUGGAGAGAUGUUAUUAGUUGUAAGAAGGAGAAAAGAAAUGGUUUUAAAUUGCUUAAGAAUAUUCUGAAGUGUUGAUGGAAAUAUCAGAUUACUUAUUUGAAGAAUUGACAGAAGAGAUGGUUGCUGAGGUUUUUAUGUAAUGA